AUGUCAAAAAAGGAUACCAAUCACAUCGAACGUUUCCUGUCUGAGUACAGAGCUGGCGAAAGACCACUCGUCAAUCUGGCAGGCUUGGCAAGGCAGAGACAAGACAAUAGCCGGGAAGCCGGCAUCCCUGUGAGACCCUUAGCAGAAUCACCGCAGUGUGAGCUCUCGGGGCGAGAAAGCAGCUGGAUACAAGCAGUAGAAUUUGGCCAAGCAGGGAACUUGGGCCCAGGCCGUGUCCCCAUUGGCGGAAACUGGGCAAGACCUUACAAGGCAGCCCUGCCUUCUCGGCACGGUUUAGCCGCAGCUUGUGUAAAGCUGAACCCUGUCCGUCGACACCGCCCAAGGCGACCGCUGUCACUGCGCCGCGACGAAGUAACCAGCCCCGCGGAGAUGUCGACCAUAGACGACCAAAGACCCAACGGGCAUCCGCAUUCCCCGGAUCAUCUGUCAGAACCCGCCGCCGCCAUCUCCACGCCGACCGCGCCUCUAGCCCAGACUUCUGCCGUCCCGCCGCCGACAACGACGACGACGACGACGACGACGACCGCUGAGCCGAGUGGAGGCGUCAACGGCCAUGCAGUCAAUGGGACCGCGAAUGGCGCCACAUCGGCUACGGGCCAUUUAACCAACGGCACGUCGGAUGCGCCUGAAGCCAAUGGCUCGGCACCGAACGGUCACUCGCCGAAUGGCGUGGCCGCCGAUAACCAGUACACUGAUGGAAAUGCCGUCCCAUCAUCAUCAAAUGGUGGGCCAUCAACCAGCGGGCAUGGCUUGCCCCAGAACAAGGAGGGAGACCUUGAGAAUAAAAUCGAGGGCCUGCAGAAUCCGGAAGCUAACGGCCACAAGCCACCCGACCAGAAGCAGCAUCACCAUUCCGGCGAUAUUAAGGGACUAUAUACCGAAGGCAAGGAAAAGGUCAAAGACAAGACGAAGCCGUCCGGCGGCUUUGACACAACCCCGUUCCCCGAUGCCCCUCCGGGAUAUACCGUGAGGUUCAUCUUCCAUAGAGCAAGCAACCUUCCUGCGGCGGACAUCGGCACCAGGUCAUCCGAUCCCUUCAUCCACGCCACUCUCAAAACGGCCGUGCCAAAACGACACAAGGAGGACCCUGACCUGGUUCACCGCACCGAGACAAAGAGGCGGACCACCGAGCCUGUGUGGAACGACGAGUGGGUUGUGGCCAACAUCCCCGCCGGAGGAUUCAUCCUUAAAUGCCGUAUUUAUGACGAGGAUUGGCCAGACCACGAUGACCGCCUUGGCAAUGUCACAGUCAGGGUCCCUUACGUCGGCGAGGACUGGAAGGGGUAUCCGCAGCCCGGUCAAGAGUUCGUGGCCAAGAAGCGCAUGGGCAGCAAACGAGCAUACUUAGUCAAGGCCAUCACCAGCCACUUCGACCCGCGGACGGACAUGUCGCCCAGGCUGUGGAUCAGCAUGGAAGUCUUGGGGAAGUCGGAUCCGCCGUAUGCGCAUAUGUACACCAUCGGUUCUACCUCUUACUUCAAACAUUUCAGUCCCAUGAUUGGGCGGCUCACCGGAAUCAAGGUCAACAGGGACGAGGAGGCCGACGCCCGCUCUGACUUGUUCGACGAGCCCCAGGACAAGGACAAGGACAGCAAGAAGACGACAAAAUACGACUUCCAGUCCAACGAGAUGCAACUCUCGGGGCCGGUGCCUCCUGAGUUGUACCACCGCUACGUCGAGUUCAGACCCACGAUUGGGUUGAUGUUUGCCAAGAGCGGCUUAAGAGGCAAGAUUCUCAACAAGGCGUUGCACAAGCAGCACAGCAGAGUCUACAACUUUGACAGUUCGACCCAGUACGGCGUGUUCAAGGCCCGCUCUGAAGAGGCUGCGCUGCAGUUCCUCAAGCUGGUACACUUUGACGAGGGAGGUCGGAUAUUCACUUACGUGCUGACGCUCGACGGCGUGUUCCGCUUCACCGAGACAGGAAAGGAAUUCAGCAUCGACAUGUUAAGCAAGCACACCAUGCACAGCGACGUCGAGACCUACAUUGCAUGCUCAGGCGAGUUCUUCGUUCGCCGGCUGGAGAAGCCCGACGCGUCAGACGACCCGGAGCCCAAUGAGAGGACACAUCCGACAGAGGAACUCCCCGGCGGGCCGCCGAACGCCCACCCUCCCCACAAUCCGUCGUACUACCAGCUGUUCAUCGACAACGAUUCAGGCACGUACAGACCUGACAAAUCUAUCCUUCCCAAGCUCAAAGAGUUCUUGGAAGCAAACUUCCCCGGGCUGGGCAUCGUGGUCAUGCACUGCGAGGACGAGGAGCUCCAGAAGCUCAAGAAGGAGCAGGUGGAGGCCAAGAAGAAGGAGGGCAGGAUGGUCAACAUGGUGCUCAACCGUAGCCCGAGCUCGAGCUCGAUGAGCUCGAACGAGAGUGCGCUGCAGCGCAUGGAAGAGGCGGGCGAGAACGGCGCACCAGUGAAGAGCACGACGCAGAAGGCUCUGGACGCGCUGGAAGACCCGAGCAACUUGAAGAAGAUGCUGAAGCCCGGUACCCAUGGGCACGGCAGCGGUCAUGGUCACUCGCAUGGGAAGGGCGAGAGUUCGACCGCACACUAAUGACGAUUGGCAAGAGUGGGUUGGUUUGCUCUCUUUUCACGUAUUUCUUUGAUACCUCUGUGUUUUCGCUGCUCCUCGUGAGGCAUCGACGCUUCUUUGACGUUGUUAUUCCCCAUUAGUUUUGCAUCACUUUUACUAGGAUCACUAAGCAGCAAGCUCUACGGGAUCGACUAUAAUUGCUAGUUUACCAAAGUUCGCAUAACUUGCCAAUGGCUUGGUUAAUACCGGAUCGUAUCCCGUGUUUCCGUCUCCG